AAUAGUUAUUACACCAGACGGGGAGUGUUCUGUUCAAGAAAUGUCAAUGUGUAUUCAAUUGUAUUGAGACUGUUUUGUUAGGCUGCACUACACUAAUUGUGGUGCAAUGGCGACGCCUAGUGGCGAAAGAGAGAUACUGUUUUUGGAUGACGUUACUGUAUAAGUAGAUGAAGUUUAGUUUCAACAUGUUUUAAACGGAUAAGUACCAACGGCUGUUCUGAAUAUCGGAUCCUCGGAGGAAUACGUCCGAGCAGUAUUCUGAAGUACCAGAGCCAUGCUAGGGCAGCAAUGGACCAGAUCACAUACCGGCAUGACACAGUGCUGUCAGAUAUACACACGCUUCUUCCAAAUGCACGCCAUCUUAUGACACGCCUCAACCGUGGGGGACAGCCAGUCUUCAUUUCUUGGUUCAAGAUCAUCUGGGAAGAUGGAGAGAAGCAGGAAGCGUGCAACCCUGCACCCCUUUCCAGCGGGGAAGAUCUUGAGAAGGACACACAGGAGAGAGAUGACAGCGACGGAGAUACAAAGGGGCCCGACGGAGGCAGGAAUGAGACAGAAGCCAAGGGAGCACCGGCUGGGGAGCCGGUGCUGGAUGAUGACGGCGACCUGGAGGUGGCCCGCAGAGAGAGUGUACCCAUGGAGGGAAGAGAGGGCAGAGUGUUCCCAAUCAUCCUCAGUCAAGCUACAGAUGAGUAUGAAGAGGAGGAUGAGGAUGAAGAUCAGUGCCCCAGAGAUGUCAUCAAGAUAGAACACACCAUGGCCACGCCACUGGAAGAUGUUGGAAAACAGGUUUGGAGAGCGGCUUUCCUGUUGGCCGACCUCAUUCUGUCUGAGCCUGCCACCUUCCGGGGAACUACCGUCCUCGAGCUGGGGUCAGGGACCGGGCUGACAAGCGUUGUCAUGGCAAUAAUGGCUAAAACAGUUUACUGCACAGAUAUCGGGGAUGACCUGCUGAGCAUGUGUCAGAGGAAUAUGACAUUGAACCAACACCUUUUAGAGCCAACAGGUGGAGAUAUGAGAGUGAGGGAGCUGGACUGGCUCCGGCACGAUUUGUGCACAGAUGGCGACACAGAAUUCGGAUGGACAGAGGAGGAAGUAGCUGAUCUCUAUGACAAUACUACCUUCAUAAUUGCUGCCGAUGUGUGCUACGAUGAUGACCUGACCGAUGGGUUUUUCAAGACUGUUUACAGGCUCUGUGAUAACUUCCACCAAGCCUGCACAGUCUACGUGGCUAUAGAGAAAAGGCUGAAUUUCACACUGAGGCACAUGGACGUGUCAUGCGAGGCCUACGACCACUUCCGUCACUGUCUGUCAGAGAUGCAGGAAAUGAUGGGUGGACGGACGAGUUUCAAAGUGCAGCAAGUUGCUCCCGCCUUUCCACAGCACCUGCAGUAUGAACGCAUAGAGCAGCUGGAAUUGUGGAAAGUUAUCGCCACACCCAUUCGGGCCAUCUCAACAGGUUCUGGAUCCUUCGUUCCUACUGAUUCAGAACUAGCUGGAAUUGGAUCCAACCCUCUUGGUACACUGUAAGGGAGGGGGGGUGGAGGGGGGUAAUUGAGAUCGAGUCAUUAAAUCACAUAUCAUCCUCUGCAACCAUUUUGUUCAUGGUACAUAUCAGUCUAAUAGCUUUUCAUUGAACCUGGUAAAACCUUUUCUUUAUUUUUAUUACCCAAAAAGAGAAUUGGACCUUUUUUCCUCCUUUCUCUGAGAGUUCUUCAUGACAAACACUGUGGUACAGAUUGUGUACAUGUAGGGGGAACUUUAUAUAAUUAACAUUUUGCAGUGUUAAAUCAAUUAGUGUUGCCAGUCGAAUCUUGUAAAUAAGACUGUUGUUAUAAACCUGAGGCCUGUUCCAUAAAGCGAGUUUACCGAAUAAGCCACACUUAUGUCAGUUAGUUAAACUCAUUUCUAGUUCAUUCAGUUCCAUAAAGCUAGCUAAACGUAGUUCAAACUCAGUUGCUAUGGUAACUUAUGCUUCUAAACUAGCCUGGUCCGGGGCAGGCUAAUUGUCAGGCUUAGACCGUGUUGUUGCUUAACCAGACGUUCCUGUAACACUGACCCAACGGGAAAACAAUGAUUUACCACGGACAUUCUAAUUUUCUUAUUCUCAUCAGUUCAAUAUGUAGGUUAUAUUUACAGAAAAUUAACUUAAAUAGGCUACAUAGGCUACACAACAUUUAACCUAAUACAUUAAACAAUGAUGAACAAUGAUUUGAUACACACCAUUGCCACGUUAAACGUAUGGCUGUAUGGUAGUUUGUGAUUUCAAAUGUUUUGGCAUCAGGCAUAGGCCUAUAUCUCACUCUAAAUUAUCCAAGUAUAAUUAUCAUAAAACCUAGUCUAGUGAAGGUCAAGUCUUUUUGUCUCCAUUUUUCAGCCCCACCCUUACGUUUCUUAGCCU